GUGAAAAGGAGUUUAAUGAGGUGAAAACUAAAAAUAUAGUUGAGGAUAAUUUAGAUGAUGCUGAGAUGGCAAUAGAUGAUGUAUCGACAAUAGAAUUAGAACGUGCAAAAAAAUCAUUUUUUGAAUUCAAUAAAGAAGUUGUAGGUUUAAUUCUUAAGUAUCAUACUCCACUUAAUAUUCUCUAUUAA